CACCUUAGGCUUUCCUGAGAAAUAAGCCUUUCCAAAUUCCUUUUUUCCCACCUCCCUUAUCCUCUGCAUGCUCCCAAGUUCUGGAAAAAUGUGACACUGAGUUUCAAAAAGAGAGUAGCAGAUAAGGCACCAGGACUCAUUCACACGGGCAGGAGCUGUUUAGAAGGAACUCCGUUACCUGGGCAACGCUGUGACCUUAGCCCUGGGCCUCUGAGUCUGCCUGGUGACAGAAACCUCGCUGUGUGCCCUCCUCACUUGUUCUACAAUGAGUGCCAAAUCUGCCAUCAGCAAGGAAAUUUUUGCACCCCUUGAUGAAAGGAUGCUGGGAGCUGUACAAGUCAAGAGGAGGACUAAGAAAAAGAUUCCUUUUUUGGCAACUGGGGGUCAAGGCGAAUAUUCAACCUACAUCUGCCUGUCAGUGACGAACAAGAAGCCCACACAGGCGUCCAUCACGAAAGUCAAACAAUUUGAAGGCUCCACAUCAUUCGUGCGGAGAUCACAGUGGAUGCUUGAGCAGCUUCGCCAGGUCAAUGGCAUCGAUCCUAAUCGGGAUUCUGCAGAAUUUGAUUUGUUGUUUGAAAACGCUUUUGACCAGUGGGUAGCCAGCACAGCCUCGGAAAAGUGCACCUUCUUCCAGAUUCUGCACCACACCUGCCAGAGGUAUCUCACCGACAGGAAGCCGGAGUUUAUCAACUGCCAGUCUAAGAUCAUGGGAGGAAACAGCAUCCUCCAUUCAGCGGCUGACAGCGUGACCAGUGCUGUACAGAAAGCGAGCCAGGCCUUGAAUGAGCGUGGGGAGCGGUUAGGCCGAGCUGAGGAGAAGACAGAGGACUUGAAGAACAGCGCCCAGCAGUUUGCAGAAACUGCACACAAGCUUGCCAUGAAGCACAAAUGUUGAGAAACUGCGAAACUGCCUAUCCUGGUGACCCCCCUAAGAGAAAUGGAAGAGUUUGUUCUGCGGUUUUUAAAAGAAUUCCGGACCUCUGCUUGCUUCUUUUUUUUCCAGUAUAUGGACAUUUAGGGUUUUUGGUUUUCCUUUCCAGGUGUUAAUAGGAAAGAAAAGAUGUUGUGUUUAUACAGUUCCCUAAAGAUCUUGCUAAGAAAUGCUGCAAAAGCAUCAGCUUCA